AUGCAUCUUCUCUUACGUUCUGGAAUAUUUUUUCCAAUUAAGAGUAUCAAGAGACGCGCUUCCACUCAGGAAAGCAUGUCCACCGUCCCAUGGACGUGUUCUCGAUGUCUUAGACGCCUUCCUAAAAUUGCCCUGAAUUCGCGGCCAUUUUUCCAACGGCGAACUGUGAACACAAUCCCUGAUACUGGCCUAUCUCCCGCUUUACUGAUUCGAGCUCGCUCGCUCGCGGAUGAACACUCGGCGCUUUCUUCUCGCCUGGCUGAUUCGUUUGAUGCGAAAACCGCAAAGCGACUCGGUGAACUAGCACCAGUUGCAGAAUGUUUGAAAAAAUGGGACAGUGCAAACGAGUCCAUAUCAGAGCUUCAAUCUAUGCUCAACGACCCCGAUACGGACUCAGAGCUACGCUCUCUAGCGACCGAAGAUCUGGAGGGCAGCCAUAGCACCUUGCCGGCAAUAUCAGACAAAUUAAAGGAAUCGCUUAUACCCCGCCAUCCAUUCGCGGGCCUUCCUUGUUUACUUGAAAUUCGACCUGGCGCAGGCGGUGACGAAGCUGGUCUUUUCGCUUUUGAGCUUUUAAGGAUGUACAUCUCGUUUUGUUCGCGACGUGGUCUCCAAUCAAGUUUGAUCAAAAAGGAUGUGGCAGAUGGACCCGCCGAGGACCGCCUGAGCGAAGCCGUUCUGGAAGUUGAAACAGAUGGGGCUUAUGAAAUUUUGAGGACUGAAUCAGGCGUGCACAGGGUUCAGAGAGUGCCGGCCACGGAAACUAAGGGACGUACACAUACCAGUGCUGUUAGUGUUAUGAUACUCCCUAGUUUUCCUGAGACGGGCAGUGGCAUGGACAGUGAACUCAAUCUCGAAGAUCCGAAUAGUGACUACUACAUUAAUCCACAGGACGUCCGCACGGAGAAAAUGCGAGCAAGUGGUGCUGGUGGACAGCACGUCAAUAAAACGGAGUCUGCCAUUCGGUUGACGCAUGUACCUUCUGGUACAGUCGUCUCGAUGCAGGAUUCGCGGUCUCAGCACGCGAACCGUAAGAAGGCAUGGCAAGUGCUACGGGCGAAACUGGCAGAAGCAAGACAAGAAGCUCGUGAGCAGGAACUGGUCCAGCUCAGAAGAGGAGCAAUGGGGGGCGUUGCCCGCAUGGGCCGCGGCGACAAGAUUCGCACAUACAACUAUGGCCAGAGUCGAUGUACAGAUCAUCGCAGUGGCAUCACGAUACACAAUCUGGAUGACGUUCUUGAUGGUGGCGAUGGCCUUGAAACAGUCAUGGAUAGUGUGCGGACUUGGCUUGUGGACCGAGAAGUCGAAGCUAUGGUUGCGGAAGAUGCUGCGAAAAAGCAGGGCUGA